GAGCGGGUCAGUAAUUUAAUCUACUUUGAUGAAGCCAAAUUCAGCUAAUUUGACACCUUUUAGUCAUGAUUUAUUAACGUGAAAUCGUAAAUUCUUACUUUCGAUUCAUUAUUUAAUCAUAAUAAACUGACAUAUUUUGAUAUGUGCAUUGAAGAAAAUCAGACAAGCCUAUCAAUAGUGCCAGGCCGAGUCAGCUACAUUCGCGAAGAUGUGUAGACAAACCAGCUAACUUUCCUUACAAGAACUUGUAUGACACUUGCAGUUAGGAUAUACUGGUAUGAGUAAUCAUUAUCAGCCAAAAUGAAGAUAAUUUAGGAUCAGAAAUUGGUAAACAUGUACUAGAGAAUCUUUUGAAGUAUUGCUACGAGAAACCUUAGACAAGUCAAUAUUUAAAAGAGAGCUAUGUCAUGAAAUUCCGAGCUGGUUUGAAAGGACGGAUCAUGUAUUGGGAAGUCAUUGGACUUGUUUCCUGAUAUGAGGAAUGGAAAGAAUGAUAUGGCAUUUUUAAAAUUCUAGAUGAUUCUAAAAGCAGUUAGCGAAACUCAUUCUGUCCUGACGCCCUUAAUGCAAAAGUGCAGAACUCUCAACCAUCUAAAAGAGCUCCAUUGCCAACUCCUCAAACUCUACCUCCCUGAAACCCCAUCAGCCAUUGCUCCCCUUCUUUCAUUUGCUGUGAAUUCUAGGAUUCCUUCUUUCUUCAACUAUUCACGUAUUGUGUUUCAAAAUCUUGGCUACCAAAGUACUUUUUUGUGCAAUACCAUGAUCAGAGGAUACAUGCAAUCAGAAAUGCCGAUACCAGCAAUUAUAUGCUACAAAGACAUGCUGAGAGAUAAGCUUAUUGUAAAUAAUUAUACCAUCCCACCAUUGAUAAAGGCUUGUUCAAUGGUUUUAAAUGAGUUUGGGCAACUUGGGUUUUCAGUCCAUGCCCAUUCACUGAAAUUGGGAUUACAAAAUGACCGGUUUAUUGUUGCAGCAUUGAUUGAACUUUAUUCCCUAAAUCUCGAGAUGGACAGAGCACGUAUGUUGUUUGAUGAAAUUCCUUACAGAGAUGUGGUUUUGUUUACUACCAUGAUUGAUGGAUACGGGAAAAUAGGGGAGGUGGGAAAAGCCAGAUUGUUGUUUGAAGAAAUGCCGGAGAGAAAUGUGAUUUCUUGGAGUGCAAUGAUGGCAGCAUAUUCACGGGCUAGUGAUUUUAAGGAGGUUCUUUGCUUGUAUCGGAGGAUGGAAGAAAACGGUCUUAAGCCCAAUGAGUCUGUUCUUGUUAGUGUCCUCACGGCUUGUGCUCAUCUAGGUGCCUUAGCACAAGGUUUUUGGGUACAUUCAUUGGCUAAGCAUUAUAAUUAUGAGUCGAACCCAAUAUUGGCUACCGCAUUGGUUGACAUGUACUCUAAAUGUGGGAGAAUGGAGUUGGCUUCAUCAGUCUUUAAAGAGAUGACUUAUAAGGACACUGGAGCAUGGAAUGCCAUCAUAUCAGGCUUUGCAAUGAACGGAGAUGCAAUGAAAUCCAUUCAAUUGUUCUAUAGGAUGUUAGCAAGUGGGAAUCAACCAAAUGAAACUACAUUUGUUGCUGUGCUCUCUGCUUGCACUCAUGCAAAUAUGGUUGACAAAGGUCUUUCACUGUUUGAAAGAAUGGGCAAUGUUUAUGGGGUUGAACCCAGGUUUGAGCAUCGUGCAUGUGUGGUAGACCUGUUAGCAAGAGCUGGUAAGCUCGAGGAUGCUGAGAAGUUCAUUGAUGAGAACAUGGGAGGGCUAGAGAAAGGGGAUGCUAACGUGUGGGGAGCUUUACUUGGUGCUUGUAGGGUCUACGGUGAUCUUAAAGUAGGUGAUAGAAUAUGGAGAAAGUUGUCUAACAUGAAGGUAGCUGACUAUGGUACUUACAUACUUGCAUACAACAUGUACAAGGAAGCUGGUUGGGAAAUUGAAGCCAACUGUGUUAGGAAAUUGAUUGAGCAGAUGAGAAUAAAGAAGCAGCCUGGAUGUAGUGUCGUAGAGGUAAAUGGUGUGGUUAAAGAAUUCCUCGUGAGUGAUCUUUUACAUCCCAAGUCACGACUAGUCCACGACGUGCUUGAGUCCUUACCUAAUGUAAUGCAUCUUAUUGAUUGAGCAUGAUGUCGUAUGGUCAGAUUAUAGACAAAAGUAUUGGUUUCUCUUCGUUUUUAUGUAUUCUGAAGCUAGAAUUGCUCCAUGUUAUGUAAAAUGGCCAGUGGAUAUUGGUAAUGAGAUCAAGAAUGGUUCUUAUGCAGAGCUAUUUGGUUCCCAAGAUUGCUCCAACUCCAUGAAUUAAGGGGUUGUUUGGUAGUUGAUUUGGAGGUGAGGUAUGCAUGUAUUAAAUAUUGCAUAAGUAAUACUACAUUUGGUAGUUGGUUAGGAGGUGAGUUAGUCAUGUAUAAAAUUAAUACGGUGUUUGGUUUGAAAUUUAGAAAGCCACAUGCAUGACUAAUACAUGUUUAAGUUGUAAGGGGCCGUUUAGUUACUGUAUAAGUUGCAUUUUAUCCAUGUAUAAAAAGUUGCAUUACUUUUACCA